AUGGCCGAAACACCCAAAGCUGCCAGUCUUGAGGACCGCAUGGGCGCAAAGCCUCUCGACGCUACCUCUUCGACCACACCCGGCGGACCAUCUUGGUCGGAUGAGCCCAAACCACCUGCUGCUGUCGGCAAGCCAGAGUCUUCCCUGGGUGACGCUCAACUAGAUGGCUCAUCACUACCUCACGGUGGCUCGGGUCUGCACGAUGCGCAGUAUGAAGUCGAGGUGAAGUUGAGCGACAUUCAGGGCGACGAAAGUAGUCCACUGUUCUCCGUCAGCACAUUUGAGAGUCUAGGAAUCAACGAAGAGAUUUUGAAGGGAAUUUAUUCAAUGAACUUCAAAAAGCCCUCUAAGAUUCAGGAGAAAGCCCUCCCUCUGCUACUCAUGGAUCCUCCGAUGAAUAUGAUCGCUCAAUCACAAUCAGGAACGGGCAAGACCGCUGCUUUCAUCAUCACAAUCCUCUCUAGAUUAGACUAUUCCAAACCCCAUCAACCGCAAGCUUUGUGCCUUGCGCCCAGUCGUGAGCUUGCGCGUCAGAUUGAGGGUGUCGUGAGAAGCAUUGGUCAAUUCGUGACAGGCCUUACUGUUCAAGCCGCAGUUCCUGGCGCUGUGGAGCGGAAUACUAGGGUCAGCGCGAUGGUUGUUGUGGGUACUCCAGGUACUGCUAUGGAUCUCAUUAAAAGAAGACAAUUCGAUGUCUCCAAUAUGAAAGUCCUUUGCUUGGAUGAAGCAGAUAACAUGCUGGACCAGCAAGGACUUGGCGAUCAGUGUCUCCGUGUUAAAUCAAUGAUGCCCAAGAUCGACCAAAUCCUCCUCUUCUCCGCGACCUUCCCCGACGAAGUCAUGACAUACGCGCAACAAUUCAGCCCUAGAGCGCACGAAAUAAAGCUAAAGCGUGAUGAGCUCACGGUUGGAGGCAUAAAGCAGAUGUAUAUGGACUGCCCAUCCGACGAAGGAAAGUACGAUUGCCUCGCCAUGCUCUAUGGCCUAAUGACUAUUGGAUCUUCCAUCAUUUUUGUCAAGAGAAGAGACACUGCAAACAAGAUUUCCGAGCGUUUGAUCUCGGAGGGGCACAAAGUCGUUGCUGUUCAUAGUGCAUUCGACGGCACAGAGCGCGACAACAUUCUGCAAAAAUUCCGCAGUGGGGAAGCCAAAGUUCUCAUUACCACCAAUGUUCUCGCCAGAGGUAUCGACGUUUCUUCCGUUUCGAUGGUGAUCAAUUACGAUAUUCCCAUGAAGGGUCGUAGUGAGACUGAGCCAGACCCAGAGACCUAUCUCCACAGAAUUGGUCGCACAGGAAGAUUCGGGCGUGUUGGUGUCAGUAUCUCAUUCGUCUUCGAUAGAACCAGUUUCAGCGCACUCGCCUCUAUCGCCGAACAUUACGGUAUUGAUCUGAUCCAACUGGAUCAGGAAGACUGGGACAAGACAGAGCAGGUUGUCAAGGCUGUUAUCAAGUCGAGUCGCGCUGGUACCAAUCUCCAGAUGUGA